AUGGAAUACAUACAGCCUCAACACCUCUACUCUCGCCUCUUGGAUAACGUGCCUUGGAAGUCAGCAGAUCCAUCAGUGAAAGGAGAUCCGCGAAAAAGCGUGAAAUGGAUCGAUGGUCUCCGAGGAAUCGCCUCUUUCCUAGUCGUGCUCACUCAUCUCGCCCGAGCCUGGGACUACGACCUCUUUGCGCCCCGCGAUGAUGUGGACAUCGCUCCCCGAAUUCUGCAAUGGCCCGUCCUCCGUAUACCUUGGCAAGGCCGAUUGGGCGUCACGAUUUUUGCUUUUUUGACCGGCUACGUUUGCGCUCUGAAACCACUCAAGCAGUCUCGCAAUGGUGAUUUCCUGGGCUCUUUCACCUCGGUGGCGAAGAGCGCGUUCCGUCGCCCUCCUCGUCUUAUCUUCCCGGCUACGAUUGCGCUGAUCAUCUCGUGGAUCAUGGCGCAAUUCGGGGCCUUUGUUGUGGCUAAUCGCUCGGACUGCUGGUGGUGCCGGUACGCCGCCGUUGAUCUUGCGCCUACAUUCUGGGAUGAGUUCGUGCGUCUUUUCAAGACUUUCCUGGAAGUCUGGACUACGGGAUACAUGGCGUAUGAUGACCACCAGUGGGCUUUGCUUCCGUUGCUCAAGGCAUCUAUGUUGGUCUAUGUCCUGAUCUGCGCGACAAUGUUCGUGAAAUUCCGAUUCCGCCUGGCGAUCUACCUGGGAAUGUACUUGUACUUCCACCAGGAUCCCGCCAAAGAUACUGAAACCUUCCAGAUGCAGGCCGUCUAUGGUAUGUUCCUCAGCGAUCUAGCCUACGAGAAGGGCUUCAAAGAAUUCAUCGAGCGCCACAGCUGGGGUCGCAAAAUUGUGGCGCUAACAUUGCUAUCCAUCGGCCUCUUCAUCUGCUCAUACCCCGGAGAGCACCCUGAAUGGGCCACAUGGUCCAACUACAUGUACCAAGCCGCGCACUACAUCUUCCCACCAGAAGUCAACAUCGGCAAGCGGUACUCCGCCCUCGGUGUCGACCUGAUCAUCUUCGCCAUCUACAUCUCUCCCUCCACCAAGGAAUUCCUCUCCAGCAGCCUUCUUCUAUGGCUCGGAAAGCAGAGCUUCGCCGUCUACUUAGUGCACGGCACUCUGCUCCGCACAGUACUGUGCUGGAUGCUCUACGGCAUCACCGGGCAGCCCUGGGAUGGCGAUAUCGUGGACGACAAAGGCAACCCCAUCUAUGGCGAUGAUGGCGAGCCCCUCCACCCGCAUUGGAUUCCCCUGCGCGCUCCCUGGGUUGUUGCAAUUAGCAUUCCGGCGUGGAUUGCAUUGGUAUACUUGAUUGCUUCGAUGUGGACGAAAUACGUCGACCCAUUCUGCGCCCGUAUGGCGCAGAAGUUGGAGAAGCUCAUGUUCGAGGAAGAUGACCAGGCUCCCCCACAACUGCCGAUGACCAGUGUUCCUAUGACUACUGCAUGA